AUGAACGAUAGCAAGCAGCUGGAAGAUGGCUGCACCCUUUCUUAUUACAACAUCCAGAAAGAAUCAACUCUGCACCUGGUCCUGCGCCUGAGGGAUGGUAUGCAGAUCUUCGUGAAGACCCUGACCAGCGAGACCAUCAUCCUGGAGGUGGAGCCCACUGACACCAUCGAAAAUGUGAAGGCCAAGAUCCAGGAUAAAGAGGGCAUCCCCCCUGACCGGCAGAGGCUCAUCUUUGCAGGCAAGCAGCUGGAAGAUGGCCACACUCUUUCUGAUUACAACAUCCAGAAAGAGUCAACUCUCUACCUGGUUCUUCCGUCUGAGGGGUGGCUGUUAAUUCUUCAAUCUUGA